UGUCGUUCAUGUCUCUCUUAUAUUGUAGACGACGAGCUCCUUCAAUCUCUUUAAACAAGCCACGAACCCUCUCAAAUCUAUCACAGACUGAAGAAAAGCACUUGCUCCUCAAACCAAUUCAAUUCCUUCUUCCCCGCUGUGGAGGUUAUUCAAUUGACUGAAAGAUGAGUGGAGCUCCAAAUAGAAGACCCCAUGAAGAUGGGGGCAAUGGCAGCGGCGUUGCUGGUGGUGGUGUCAAUCACAGUCACGCUUCUGUUUUAAAGAAUCCACAUGAUGACCAGGGAACAUAUUCUGGUGUAGGUGGGAAAGUUGUUGUGCCUAAGAUUGCACUGCGUAACAAUGAGUCUCGUGAUGCAGAUUGGAGAUCACCGUUGCUUCCUAAUAUGUUACUCAGGAUGCCAACACCAAAUGAUUCAAGCUCGGAUCAUGUUGGUUCAGAGAGCAGGAUGGAGUUCAGGGAUUCAAAAGACAGCAUCAAAGAGGUUAAAGUCGAGAAUCGCAACAUGAAGUCUGAAUCCAGGGAUUUGCCACAGACUGCCAAAUCUGAUAAACAUGAUGGCAGAUGUGAUGAUAGUAAAGAAUCAAAACAUGAAAGAGACACAUAUUCUGAACCUAAGGGCAAUGAGAAGCUAGAUAAGGAUGGUUGUAGAGGAUCCAACAGCCAGUUGAAUUUGAAAGAUGUGAAAGAACAACACCGUCUGAAACAAUAUCCUGAUGUCCCAGGAGGAAAUGCCGAAACCGGGAAAACAUCGCGAGGCAGCUUGCAUGGCCCAACAGAUGCUGGUAAUGAAGUUUUGCAUGUUGAUGAUAAGGACUUUUCUGAAGCUCGCGAAGCAGUUGGGGAGAACAAGGUCGAUACAAAAGUUGAUGACAAGCUAAAAGACAAAGAUAGAAAGCGUAAAGAAGUGAAGCACUGGGAUUUGGGGGAAAGAGAUAAAGAAAGAAGUGAUCGCCAGAACACCUUGCAGCAUGAUAAUAACAUUAAUGAGAACAAAGAUAUGGGAAAGGAGGAAAGAGAGUCUGAGAGGGGGGGAAUUGAAAAGAAAGAGCCAGAAAAGGAAAAAGAUAAUGUGAAGGAGUUGUGGAAUCGGUCAGAAAAAGAGGCUCCUCAGAAUGAGAAGGUUCCUGGAAAAUUUAUUAAACAGGAUAACUUCUCUUUGGAACUGACGAAGAAAGAUCAUGGUAAGUGGAAAAAUGUUGACCGGGAGGCAAUAGACAAAAUGAAGGACAGGGAUGUUGAUUUAGAAUCAGAUAGACCCGAUAAACGCAUUAGGUAUCAUGAAAAAGAACUAGAAGACAGUAUGCAAGUUGAAGGAGGCACUGAACAAGAAAGAGAAGAUUGUGGGGUUCAGCAGAGAAAAAGAAUGCUGCUUCCAAGAGGUAGUCCUCAAUCGGGGAAUCAUGGGUCAGUUUUUAGAUCUGGUGCCAAUGAUAAUGAAGGGUCACAAGGUAAAACUGGUGUGUCCCGUCUUGUUUAUAAAAUUGGUGAGUGCAUGCAAGAACUCAUAAAAUUGUGGAAGGAAUAUGAAUUAUUGCAAGGCGAUAAAGCAUGUGAUGCCUCUCAAAAUGGCCCGACUUUAGAAAUUUGCAUACCAGCAGAACUUGUUACUGCUACUAAUCGGCAAGUGAGAGGUGGUCAGCUUUGGGGAACUGAUGUGUAUACGGUGGACUCUGAUUUGGUGGCUGUUCUGAUGCAUACAGGAUAUUGUCGCCCAACAGCUUCUCCCCCUUCAUCUACUACUCAGGAGUUAAGGGCUACCAUCAGAGUGCUGCCACCACAAGAUAGUUAUAUUUCUACACUGAGGAAUAAUGUCCGUUCCCGUGCAUGGGGUGCAGCCAUUGGUUGCAGUUAUCGUGUUGAGCGAUGUUGCUUUGUAAAGAAAGAAGGUGUGAUUGUUGAUCUUAAACCUUGUCUUACGCAAUCAUCAACUGUGGAGCCUACUUUAAUUCCAGUUACUUUGGAGCGCAAAAUGACUACUAGAGCUGCAGCUUCGAAUGCAUUACGCCAGCAAAAGUUUCUCCGUGAAGUAACAGCUCAGUUCAACCUCUGCAUGGAGCCUUGGCUGAAAUACAGCAUGAAUGCGGUUGCUGACAAAGGUCCAAAAAAGUCCCACUUUACAUCGGCACGCUUAAAGAAGGGAGAAGUGCUAUAUGUAGAGACUCAUUAUCGGAGGUAUGAACUAUGCUUUAAUCGAGAGAAGGUAGUAAAAGCUGGAACAGCGUCUGAAACUGGAAGACCUCAAAUUAACAAUGCACAUUCCAUUAAUGGUGAACGAGGUGCUGUGGAUGGUGAAAGCACUGUAGUGGAUGUGUUCCGAUGGUCUCGUGUUAAGCGCCCACUUCCCCAGACAAGUAUGCAGAGUAUUGGAAUUCCAUUGCCCCUUGAACAUGUAGAGGUUAUGGACGAUAAUAUCGAGUGGGACGAUAUAACAUGGACGCAAACUGGUGCUUGGAUUGCUGGAAGAGAUUACCGUAUUGCUCGUGCGCAUUUUAUUCCCCAAAGUUAGAUGCGGUGAUGUCUAUGGAUGUGGCAAACAGCAUGCAUUCCUGUUUCUCAGGGAAUUUAUAGAUGGAGAACUAACAUAAUACUGAAUGGGGUUUGAGACUAUGCUACUCUUGUUAUAUUUUAAUUCAUGCUGUUUGAUUCAA